AUGAGAAGACGUUUCACUAGUCAAAAGAACACUAACGCAAAAGCAGAGAUUACGGUUGGUUAUAACGUAAAUGAUGAUAAAUCACGAAUUAUUCAAAAUGUUAAAGUUAAUGUUAGCUCUGAAUUAACAAGGUCAGCAACUCAACCAAAUUUAUUAACUCGUGACUUACCGAAGAAUGAGGAGAAUGAAGAAAACCAUGAGAAUGGAAACCCAAUCAUUUUAUCUGAACCCGGUAAAGAACCCGUUGAAAUUCCCACUUAUCCAACAUACCCCCACCCUUUCAUCAAACAUCGAGAACCCAUAUAA